AAUGGUAUAACAUUAACAAAAUUCUGAAUUAAAUAUAUUGGAUUAUAGAAGCCAGAUCUAAACCAGAAUCAAUAAAUACUGUAUUUAAAACAUAUAAUGGAUUUUGAUUUACUCUGGGAAAAAACUUGUAAUCUAUUUCCUGUUUUAAAGAAAAAGAUUGAAGUUCUUGAGCUACUGAAUCCAGAUGAAAUAGAAUUCGUCGCUUAUGAGUUGCAGAACCUUAAUAUUAGUGGUAUUAUUUAUAAAACCGUAUUUUUAGAAAUUAAUGAAAUAUUGCGCCGUGAUAUUGUACUAAAGUUUUGGUCGCACUUUCAUAAGAAAAAGGAUUCUGAAUAUGUGUUCUUUCAGUUUCAAUUAGCAGUAUCUGAAUUACACAAAUUUCACCAAGAUAUCCAAGAAAUUUUAAGGAGAUUGGCAAUUUUAAGAGACCUUACAAAAUUUGAAAAUUUUAAUAUUGAGGAGGAUGAAUUUGAAAAAUUCAACAAUGUUUUUAAAAGUUCCCUUUUGUCACAGUUACCAGCACAUUAUAAUGAUAUUGUGUAUACAUUUUAUAGCAUUUCAUUUAAAGUUUUUGUCAAUAGUCAUCAGUUAGCAGAAACAAUGGAUGAAGAUGAAAUGGAUGGUAUAGAUGAAAUUAAAUGCAAUGGGUGCGAAAUGGAAACUGAAAAUUGUAGGUGUCAAAGAUUGAUAUGUGCGUUCAAUAAAACUAACGAAUAUUUAACAAAUAUGAAUUUACUCGACCGAUUAUCUGGCUAUACACUUACCUCCUUAAUCCAGGAAAGAAUUGCAGCAUAUGUGAGAGAUACAUGUCAGGGUAUUUUUGAUAAAUCUCAUUUGGAUAAUUUAAAAAAAUGGCUAGAAUCUAUUGUAUUUAAUUGGCUGACACGGAUUUAUAAUCGGGGAAGUCUACUUGUUGAAAAAGAAAGCAAAAUAUCAAUUAUAAUACAAGAUUUUAAUAUAAAGUUUUCAUAUUACUUAUGGGAAACAUAUGGAAAAAUCAUAAUCGAACAAUUUUUUAGCAUUAUAAUCGAUUAUCCGGACUCUCAACCUGCAAUUGAUGAUUUGAAAGUUUGUUUGGAAAAAAUCGAUCUGCGUCAGCAUUUAAUAACAACGCUUAAACAAUCACUUGAAGUUCGCUUAUUGCAUCCUGGAGUGAAUACGAUGGAUAUUUUAACAGGAUAUGUAGCUGCUAUUAAAGCCAUUAGGCAUUUAGAUAGCAGUGGAGUACUUUUGGAAACUGUCACAGAGCCUGUAAAGGAAUAUUUGAGAAGGCGCAAUGAUACAGUACGUCGUGUUGUUACAGGAUUAACAGAGGAAGGCCCAACAGAUCUAGCAGAAGAAUUAGCUAAAAGCGAAACCUUAAAGGAAAAUGUUGAUGUUAACGGAAAAGACGAAAUGGUAAAUUGGGAAAUGUGGCAGCCAGAUCCAGUCGAUGCAAACCCAUCAUUGAAAGCUAAUCGAAAGAAUAGAUCUGCUGAUAUUAUUUCAAUGGUAGUUGAUAUUUAUGGUAGUAAAGAGUUAUUCGUUAGUGAAUAUAGAAGUUUACUUGCGGAUAGAUUACUAACACAGUUGGAUUUUAAUCCUGAAAAAGAAAUAAGAAAUUUGGAAUUAUUAAAAUUGCGAUUUGGUGAAUCCCUCUUACAUAAUUGCGAAGUUAUGCUAAAAGAUAUUAGUGAUUCUAAACGGAUAAAUACCCAUAUAUUGAGCGACAUAAAUUAUAGUAGUAACAAAUCAUUUGAAAUUUCAUCACUCAUACUUUCCGCGCAAUAUUGGCCCACAUUUAAUAAAGAAACGCUUGAGUUACCAGAUGAAAUACAAGAAGAAUUCAAAAAGUACACAAAAUCUUAUGAAGCAUAUAAAGGAAAUAGAACCCUUAACUGGAGGCAUGUGACGGGGAAAGUAAACAUUGAAAUAGAGUUAGCUAAUAAAAAACUCGAUAUGACGGUGACACCAACUCAAGCCAUUAUCAUCUAUCAUUUCCAAAAUAAGAAUGAGUGGAACUUAGAAGAUUUAAGUCAAAUUAUGAAAGUACCGCAGUCAAUACUUCGUAAGCGAAUAAUAUUUUGGCAAACGCAAGGUCUAAUUAAGGAAACCAAAGCUGAUGUCUAUACAUUAAUUGAUGAAAGUGAAGAAACUACCAUCGACGAUAUUUCAAAUCAAGAAAUGUUGGAGGAAGAUGAAACUGAAAGCGCAAUGGCAUCCGCGAGUGAUCAACGAGAAGAAGAAUUGCAAGUGUUUUGGUCGUAUAUUGUUGGAAUGUUAACAAAUCUAGAUUCUUUACCUAUCGAAAGAAUUCAUCAAAUGCUAAAAAUGUUUGCUUCCCAUGGACCUGGGAUAGAAUUUUCUCAGGAAGAAUUGAAAAACUUUUUGCAACGGAAAGUGAGAGAACAUAAAUUAAUAUUCGCUGGUGGGGUGUACCAAUUAGCAAAAUAAUUUUUGUAAACAUG